UUAGGUUUCUUUAAUUCUCCAUGUCAAUAAAGUUAGAUUUUUCUGCAUCAGUUGAGUUCGUGAACUUUUUUUAGAAAAUUUAAAUGUCAAUAUAGAAGGAAAUAAGAAUUUCUCACAAGAAAUGCUCACGUAAUAGAUGGUACUGAUUUAAAGACUGAGCAUUUGAAAAAAUGUCGAAUUAUCAAGUCACAUACUUACAUAUACGGAGGUAGUAUUCGAGAGGUUAGGAAUGUGAAUAUAAACGUAUUUACAAAUGAAUUCUGUGACGCUUCUACCACUAAAACUUUCGUCGAAGAAUUUAUUCAUGAUGAUCAGGAAAAAAUUGCAUAUGAAAUUCAAUAUCCCGACGUUGCUGAUCAUACUGUUGAUUGUCUUCUUAUGUAUACGUUAUUUGCCUUCCACAAAGUGUUCCCUUAACGAGCAAGAAGUAAGGAACAAGACGAAAUUCAGACUUAUGGUACUCAUACUGUCUAAUCCUGAUAACUUAGAACGAAGGGCAACAAUCAGGAAAACAUGGCUGGCUCAGAAGCAAGCUACGGUCAAGCAUUUCUUUGUAAUAGGAACUUUAGAUAUAUUGUCAGAGCAAAGAAAAACUCUGCAUUCUGAACAGCAGAAAUUUGAUGAUUUACUAUUAUUAUCAAGACUUCCAGAUUCUUAUGGGACUCUAACGAAGAAAGUUUUACACGCAUUCAAGGAAAUCUAUGAAUACUAUGAAUUUGACUUUGUGAUGAAAUGCGAUGAUGAUACAUUUGCCCUGGUACAUAAGAUUUUAAAAGAGCUAGAUAAGUGGGACAGCAAAGGAACAAAAAAGGAACUAUAUUGGGGAUUUUUUAAUGGAAAGGCACAUGUCAAAAGAAGUGGACCAUGGAAAGAGACAGAUUGGAUAUUAUGUGAUUAUUAUCUUCCUUAUGCACUUGGAGGAGGAUAUAUUUUAUCUUAUAAUUUAGUAAAAUUUAUUGCUAUAAAUGCAGACAUUUUUAAAUUGUACAAGGCAGAAGAUGUGUCUGUUGGUGUUUGGAUAGCACCUUUGGCAAAUAUUGAAAGAAAACACGACAUACGUUUUAACACUGAAUACAGAUCGCGUGGAUGUUCUAAUCAGUAUAUAGUUACGCAUAAACAGACCAUUGAAAACAUGAAAAAUAUGCAUGAAUAUUAUCAAGCAUCUGGAGCAUUAUGUAUGAAAGAAAUAAGAAAUCACAUGAGCUACCAAUAUAAUUGGACAGUUCCACCUAGUCAAUGUUGCAAUUUACAACCAGGCAUUCCAUAGCAAUCAAAUCUCUUCUUUUCAUACAUCUGAUAUUCUAGUCAUUUCUUCAUUUUGAAUUAUUAUGCAAAUUUAUACUCAACCACUACAUUUGUUAGUAAUUACGCUCAUGAAUCUUUUAUUUAUUUAUCAAAAACGAUUAUAAUAAUUCAAUCUAAAUAACGAGAUGCUUCAUAGUUUUCAUAGUUAGUUAAUCAAGGAAUGAAUAACGAUAAAUGAGUAAAAAUUCGAAUAUUAUCAUAUAAAAACAUGCAUUUCAUAUUAAUACUCUUCUUUUGUAAUAAAUAAGUUAAGCAUAUUUAUGGUUAUUUUUUGUACAUACGCUUGAAUAGAAAUAGAAAUUAAAUUCAAUUUCA